UAUAAGGCGCGCGGGCGUGCAGUGGUGGUGUUGCCGGCGGCUCUGGGAACUUUGCUUUGCGUUGGGUUGUGAGACUUGGAGCAGCAGCAGCAGCAAUAGGCGCGCGCCAGCCAUGGACCUGCCUCCUGGAAUCUUUAUUUUCAUGUCCGAAAACAGCACUGAUGAACCAGGCUCUGGUGAUGAUGGGGACUACCAAGAGGUGUGUUUGCAGCAAGAAAAUGCCGAUUUCAACCGUAUCUUCUUGCCCACCAUCUUCUCCAUCAUCUUCCUGACAGGAAUCAUUGGCAAUGGCUUGGUUAUUGUGGUCAUGGGCUAUCAAAAGAAGCUGAGGAGCAUGACCGACAAAUAUAGGCUUCACCUCUCAGUGGCCGACCUCCUCUUUGUCAUCACGUUGCCCUUCUGGUCUGUGGAUGCCGUCAUCAGCUGGUACUUUGGGAAUUUCCUGUGCAAAGCGGUCCACUUCAUUUACACGGUCAACCUGUACAGCAGUGUCCUCAUUUUGGCCUUCAUAAGCUUAGACCGGUACCUGGCCAUCGUCCAUGCUACCAACAGCCAGAGACCCAGGAAGUUGUUGGCUGAAAGGAUUGUCUACGUUGGGGUUUGGCUGCCUGCCCUGCUCUUAACCGUGCCUGAUAUCAUCUUCGCCAGUACUAGCGAGGUUGGCGGGAAAUACGUCUGCCAGCGGUUUUACCCUCAUGAAACAUGGUUGAUUUCAUUCAGAUUUCAGCAUAUCCUAGUUGGCCUUGUUUUGCCUGGCCUCAUAAUCCUGACUUGCUACUGCAUUAUCAUUUCCAAGCUGUCCCACUCCAAAGGCCAUCAGAAGCGCAAAGCCUUGAAGACCACUGUUAUCCUGAUUGUUGCCUUCUUUGCCUGCUGGCUGCCCUACCACAUUGGCAUCAGCAUAGACACCUUUGUCCUCCUUGGAUUCAUCGAGAACGGCUGCACCUUUGAAGCGAUUCUGCACAAAUGGAUCUCCAUUACUGAAGCCCUGGCAUUUUUCCACUGUUGCCUGAACCCCAUACUUUAUGCUUUUCUGGGUGCCAAAUUCAAGACAUCUGCCCAAAAUGCUUUGACUUCUGUCAGCAGAGGCUCAAGUCUCAAGAUCCUUUCCAAAGGCAAACGAGGAGGACAUUCAUCUGUUUCGACAGAGUCAGAGUCUUCCAGUUUCCAUUCCAGCUAACAACGUCUUGCGUUUCUCUUUCUCCAUAUUUGUAAAGAAUGAGACUCUCUCUAUAUAUAAUACACACACAUA